AGAGACGGGCUCAAGGAGGCAACAAACGCAAGCUCCUCUUCUCCACCAUGGCGAUGCUUCUUUGUGGAUGAUUAAGCCGGAGGACGAUUCUUUGCGAAGGUGGACAACAAGGUCUUGCACAUUAGCUGAUGAUGUACCAUCCUUGAAUCCUUGACGUGGACUGAAUGCUUCCAAUUAUGGAGGCCCACCCCCCUCUUGCGUCUUUGACCCUUCUCGGCUAAAGAGAGCAGCCGGCAGAGGAUGAAGACGGCGGACAGACGACAGACCCUACAAAACAACCGCAGGAGUGGACGGAGACGCGACUUUGAGAGCGACGCGGCAACGGGAUGCCACAGCCAGGGAAAAACUGGACUUUGACUCGGGCACCAUGAGCUAGGACGACUGGACAAAGAACUUUUUUUUUUUUUUUUAAGGCUUUUUUUAGGCUCCUCUGCUAUGCGUCAGUGAGAAGUGUGAGCCAUGCCGGCCAAAGGGAAAUACUUGCUCAACGACCAGGAGGUGAAAAAUGAGGCGCUGUACCACAAGUUCUCCUGCAUCAGCCAGUAUCAGCCGCUGGUGCUGCUGCUGGGCCUGUCCAUGCUGUCAUGUGGACUUCUCCUCAUUCUCUUCUUCGCGCUGCGACUGAGUGCGGAGAAGCACUGCGCCUUCGUGAGCGUGGUGAGCUGCAGCUUGUGCGUGUUCCUGGCCGUCUUCGUGCUGGUGUGCACCGAGAUGCUGUCCCACCGAUGGAGACGUCUGCUGGGUCUGCUGGUGUGGGCCACGCACCUCGCCAUGGGCCACACCUUCAUCUUCAGCGGGCCCGUCGUCCUGCCCUGGGACCAGGUGCCUUUCUUCCUCUUCAUCAUCUUCACGGUGUACACCAUGCUGCCGUUCCCAUGGUGGUACGCCGUGGCGCUGAGCCUCAUCUCCUCGCUGUCCCACAUCCUGGUCCUCACGCUGCGCCUCACCGUGUACAGCGCGGCGCCGCCUCCUUACCUCGCCAACCAGCUGCUGUCCAACGCGGUGGUCUUCCUGUGCGGCAGUGUCGUGGGGGCAUUCCACAAGGUCCUCAUGGAGAAAACCCUCAGGCAGACGUUCCAGGACACGCUAAGAUGUCUGAGCAUGCGCAUGAAGCUGGAAAUCGAGAAGCGGCAACAGGAGAACUUGCUGCAGUCGGUGCUGCCCGUCUACAUCUCCAUGAAGAUGAAGCUGACCAUCAUGGAGCGCCUGCAAGACUGCAAGGACAAGGAGGAGCAACAGCGGCUGGUCAAGGACAACAACUUCCACAGCCUUUACGUCAAGAGGCAUGAAAACGUCAGUAUUCUGUACGCCGACAUCGUGGGCUUCACGCGACUGGCCAGCGACUGUUCUCCCAAAGAGUUGGUCAUCAUGCUCAACGAGUUGUUUGGAAGGUUUGACCAGAUUGCGAAGGAGAACGAGUGCAUGAGGAUCAAGAUCCUGGGCGACUGCUACUACUGUGUGUCGGGGCUGCCCGUGUCUCUGCCCAAACACGCCAAGAACUGUGUCAAGAUGGGCCUGGACAUGUGUGAAGCCAUCAAGCAGGUGCGGGAGGCCACGGGCGUGGACAUCAACAUGAGGGUCGGCGUGCACUCGGGCAACGUGCUGUGUGGCGUGAUCGGGCUGCGGAAGUGGCAGUUUGACGUGUGGUCACAUGACGUGACUCUGGCCAAUCACAUGGAGUCAGGAGGUCGUCCGGGACGUGUGCACAUCACGGAGGCCACUCUGAAGCACCUGAACAAGGCCUACGAAGUGGAGGAGGGCAACGGGCACCUGAGGGACGCCUACUUGAAGGAGCUGAACGUCAGGACGUACCUCGUCAUCGACCCGCGGUCGAAGGAUCCCACGCAGAGUGGCCGCAGCGUUCCAAGGCCUCGAGUGAACGACGGUCUGAAGAUGCGGGCGUCGGUUCGUAUGACCCGCUACCUGGAGUCCUGGGGCGCCGUCAAACCCUUCGCCCACCUCCAGAACAGGGAGGGCUUCAGCGCCGACCCUCUGGUCAACGGCAAGUCGCUCUGCAAGGACAUCCCACUGCGAACAGCAAUCAAGAUCCCUGACAGCUUUGGUGAGUCUGUAGAAGAGAGGUGCACCUUGCCCACGCCCUCAUUCAGCAGCUUGAAGAACAAAUCCCAGAAGAGUCGCUUUGAUGAGGAGCUGCACAACGAGAUGACCAAGCAAUGGUACAAGUCGGAGGAGAGUGGGAGUCUGGCUAUAUGGUUCCCAAAGAAAGACCUGGAAAAACAGUACCGAGCGUUGGACUUGCCCAUGUUUAAGCACUACGUGGCCUGUGCCACCGUCAUCUUCCUCUGCAUCUUCUUCAUUCAGAUGUGUGUCACCACGGACCGACAGAUAUUAGGGAUGACGUUUGGAGCGUUGGCGUUUGUCCUGUUGUUGACCCUGGCCAUCUGUUUCGCCGCGCACAUCCAGCGUCUUUUUCCAGAGAAGCUGUCAGGCUGCCAGUGGCUGGCUGCCGUUUCGGAGGCGGUGGUGAAGAAGCCUUGUGUGCGCCUCCCACUGGCCACCGUCACCACUGCGGCCAUUAUUAUCUUGGCAGUCUUCAACCUGGCAUGUUUUCCAGAAUGUUCCAGCGAUGUUCCGGACUUGGGUCACACGAAUGAUUCCCAUAAAGUGGACUUACAGGGAGGACUCUUCUAUCUGCCUUACUCGGUGUACUGCUGCAUCUUAUCCCUGGUGGCCUGCGGGGUUUUCCUGCGGGUCAACUUGGAGAUCAAGGUGCUCUUCCUCACCCUGGCCUCCACGGCGUACUACGUCAUCAUCCUCAGCACCAACAGGGAUCUCUUUGUGGCCUACGCUGCCGUCAUCUACGCUCAGAUUCCAGGGGCGGGGAACUGCAGCAGCAUAGAAGACGAGUCCAUCUUGAGACUGGUGGGCCUGGUGAAGCACCCUCAGGUGAUGAGCUGCAUCUACAUCACCUUGUUCCUGGUCACCAUGCUCAUCAUCUCACAGCAGAACGAGUCGUGCUUCCGCCAGGACUUCCUGCUCAAGUACAAGAACCACACGGAGCAGGACGAGAUCGAGACCCGGGAGAACCUCAACCGCCUGCUGCUGGAGAACGUGCUGCCGGCCCACGUGGCCUCGCUCUUCGUCGGGGAGAACAAAAAGAACGAAGACCUCUACUACAAGUCCUAUGGCUGCGUGUGCGUGAUGUUCGCCUCAGUGCCGGACUUCAAAGAGUUUUACACCGAGUGCGAUAUCAACAAGGAGGGCCUGGAAUGCCUCAGGCUGCUCAACGAAAUCAUCGCCGACUUUGACGAGCUGCUGUCCAAGCCCAAGUUCAGCGGCGUGGAGAAGAUCAAGACCAUCGGCAGCACGUACAUGGCGGCGGCCGGGCUCAGCGGGACGCCCGGGCAAGAGAACAAUCAGGACCGGGAGCGUCAGCAGGCGCAGAUCGGGAUCAUGGUGGAGUUCGCCAUCGCUCUGAUGGGCAAGUUGGACGGCAUCAACCGACAUUCCUUCAACAGCUUUAGGCUCCGCGUGGGUAUCAAUCACGGACCCGUGAUCGCUGGCGUGAUCGGCGCCAGGAAGCCUCAGUACGACAUUUGGGGCAACACGGUCAACGUCGCCAGCAGGAUGGAGAGCACAGGGGAGCUGGGAAAAAUCCAAGUGACGGAGGAGACGUCCGACGUGCUGCACAAGCUGGGCUACUCGUGCGAGUGUCGCGGCUUCAUCAACGUGAAGGGAAAAGGUGAACUGAAGACGUUCUUUGUGUGCACGGACAUGAGCAAGCAGCAAGGCAUGGGUCUGAGCUGAGUCACACCACUUACAAGGACGUUGUUUACAUGCCCAACGGGAUUGCGCUACACAUGCAACCCCACAAGGGCGUUGCGGUCUAAGGCUGGGAACAAGAGUACUUUGGGCUUACAUUUAGACGGCCGUGAGAGGAAAACGUAUGUAUUGUACUAACGCUAUUUUGUGUCUGAUGGGAAGACUGCAAUGAUUGUUUGACCAGUUGGACGCUCUGCUUUGUUACUGUGUAAUGAGCAAAAGUGUUUUACAAUCAAAUGUUGCUAUCAAUCUGUUUACCCGCCUACAUGUUUUAGCAGUGUCUGAUCCAGCAAGCCUACUUGUUGUCCAUGUUUGUUUCUGUCCCGGUUCUAAACCGCCUGGAUCCUCAUGACUCUUCAUUGGCCUUACUUGACCACCAGUGUGGUUCUUAUAACUAUUAACACAUGAUGUAUAUUUGGGCCUUUUUGUGUGUAAACUUUUGUUCAGUCACAGAAUGUAAUAAAUUAUUCACGAUGGUGAUUUAAUUAAAAAUACAUUUAUUGAAUGAAAUGUCAAACCCCCCUCCCGCCACCAAAAAAAAAAUCAUUAAAAAAAGAAGUUUUUGAUGAGUACCACAUCUUAAAACAAAAUCCACGCGUUCACCACGUGCAUACACCCACAUUGUAAAAAGCAGCCUUCGCUACACAUCCUAAAAUAGGAGCCAUAGUGUGAGUUUUUCUUCGGUCAAUGAUGUGACUGUAAUGUUAGCUAAUGUAGCUAUGCUAGCGUCGCGUUGUUGUAUGCGAUACCCGGCGCCUAUUACCAGUUACAUUGCAGUAAUUGGCACAGACUCCAUGGUGUCCAUCGGCUCUGCCAUCUGCAGGAC